GAGGCUCAACAGGGGAUGGGACAGGUAUACCUCAGUGAACCAAGCAGGAAUAUUUUGGUAGACAAGCCCAAUGAUCAGUCAUCACGGUGGUCUUCUGAAAGCAACUACCCUCCACAGUAUCUCAUCUUGAAACUUGAAAGACCUGCCAUAGUCCAGAGUAUAACAUUUGGAAAAUAUGAGAAGACCCAUGUCUGUAAUCUAAAGAAGUUUAAAGUUUUUGGUGGGAUGAAUGAAGAAAACAUGACAGAUCUAUUAUCUAGUGGGUUAAAGAAUGACUAUAACAAAGAAACCUUUACCUUGAAGCAUAAAAUUGAUGAGCAGAUGUUUCCAUGUCGAUUUAUUAAGAUAGUUCCACUGCUGUCUUGGGGUCCCAGCUUCAAUUUUAGCAUCUGGUAUGUUGAACUCAGUGGCAUUGAUGAUCCAGACGUGGUGCAGCCCUGCCUCAAUUGGUAUAGCAAGUACCGUGAACAGGAAGCCAUUCGCCUCUGUUUGAAGCACUUUCGCCAGCACAACUACACCGAGGCAUUUGAAUCACUGCAGAAGAAAACCAAGAUUGCACUGGAGCAUCCCAUGCUGACAGACCUUCAUGACAAGUUAGUCCUGAAGGGAGACUUCAAUGCUUGUGAAGAGUUGAUAGAAAAAGCUGUGAAUGAUGGUUUGUUCAACCAAUAUAUCAGUCAGCAGGAGUACAAACCACGAUGGGGACAGAUAAUUCCCAAAAGCACCAAAGGUGAUGGUGAAGACAGCAGACCUGGAAUGAGAGGUGGUCAUCAAAUGGUGAUUGAUGUUCAGACAGAAACCGUUUAUUUGUUUGGAGGCUGGGAUGGUACGCAGGACCUGGCAGACUUCUGGGCAUACAGCGUGAAGGAAAACCAAUGGAUGUGUAUAUCAAGAGAUACUGAAAAAGAGAAUGGACCCAGUGCCCGGUCGUGUCAUAAGAUGUGCAUUGACAUCCAACGAAGACAGAUCUAUACACUGGGUCGUUACCUGGAUUCUUCUGUGAGGAACAGCAAGUCCCUGAAAAGUGACUUCUAUCGCUAUGACAUUGACACGAACACUUGGAUGUUGCUAAGUGAGGAUACUGCAGCAGAUGGAGGCCCCAAACUAGUGUUUGACCAUCAGAUGUGCAUGGAUUCAGAGAAACACAUGAUCUACACCUUUGGAGGACGGAUUUUGACGUGCAAUGGUAGUGUGGAUGACAGCAGGGCCAGUGAGCCACAGUUUAGUGGCCUCUUUGCUUUUGACUGUCGAUGUCGGAUGUGGAAGCUCUUGCGAGAGGAUUCCUGUAAUGCUGGCCCUGAAGAUAUCCAGUCCAGAAUAGGGCACUGCAUGUUGUUCCAUUCAAAAAAUCGUUGCCUGUAUGUGUUUGGAGGGCAGAGGUCGAAAACAUAUUUGAAUGACUUCUUCAGUUACGAUGUAGAUUGUGAUCAUGUGGAUAUCAUAUCAGAUGGCACGAAGAAAGAUUCAGGGAUGGUUCCGAUGACAGGCUUCACCCAAAGAGCUACCAUUGAUCCAGAACUGAACGAAAUCCAUGUGUUGUCUGGACUAAGUAAAGACAAGGAGAAAAGGGAAGAGAAUGUUCGGAAUUCCUUCUGGAUUUACGACAUUGUGUGGAACAGCUGGUCUUGUGUCUACAAGAAUGAUCAAGCAGCCAAAGAGAACCCAAGCAAAAGCCUUCAAGAGGAAGAGCCCUGCCCACGUUUUGCACAUCAGCUUGUGUAUGAUGAGUUGCACAAGGUUCAUUAUUUGUUUGGAGGAAAUCCAGGCAAAUCCUGUUCUCCAAAGAUGCGGUUGGAUGACUUCUGGUCCCUGAAGCUCUGCCGGCCUUCCAAGGAAUACCUACUUCGUCACUGCAAAUAUUUAAUAAGGAAGCACAGGUUUGAAGAGAAGGCUCAGACAGACCCACUAAGUGCCCUGAAAUACCUGCAAAAUGACUUGUUUGUCACAGUAGAUCACUCAGACCCGGAGGAGACAAAAGAGUUCCAGCUACUUGCUUCAGCCCUCUUCAAGUCUGGCUCAGCUCUCAGCACCCUUGGGUUUUCUGACGUGGAUCACAUCUACGCCCAACGAACUCAACUAUUUGAUACUUUGGUGAACUUCUUUCCUGACAACAUGACUCCUCCCAAAGGCAACCUGGUUGACCUCAUUACUCUGUGACAGGGCAGCUGCCAGAGACGUGGAAGGAGGGGAAGAGAACAUUUUUGCUUUCAGUAUUUUUUUAAAAACUGUUUGUGUGUGUGCACGCACGCAGUGACUGAGUGACUGGUGGACUUCGGUGAUAAGAGAAUAACCCAGCUUUGAAAGUGGCUUUAUGGGUAAUGCCAAAUGGGACUAGGCUAAUAAUAAAAAAAGUAAUUUGACAUACAAUUAAUGAAGAAAAAAAUUAUAUAUUUUCUGACUUUUGAUUUUUAAAGGCUAAUGAACACUGGCAGGAAGAAAGGAAUUGUGUGGUCAUCCGAGUUGUUCAUACUGUCGGGGUCUGUGGUGUGCUGCAAAUUGAUACCUUUUUUACGGUGGGGAGGGUUUGUAAUUUCAUCUCAACAAUUACUUUUGGUUCCUUCCAGCUUUACUCUCAGUGUUUACAUCAGCAGUGGAUGCUGGUGUGCAUUAGGGUUGUGUGUGUCUGUCCGCCUCUCUUUGUGAACUGAAGUCUUGUAACUGCAAUGUGACUGCGUCCAUUCAUUUUAGAGAAGUAAGCCAGUGCCCUCUGGUGGGCUGCUGAGAUCUUGCUGGGGAGUGGAGUGUAAAUGUUGUUAGGGUUUAACUGUACUGAAACCAUCAGGUCGGAUGACAAAAUGAGGCUCAUCCCACAUUUGGUGAAGAAACCAGGAGGGAGGGAGAUGGUGGGCAUGCCGCCACUUAAUUUUUUCCCUGCCUGCAGCAUUUCUCACAGGCAGUGAAAGAAACCUACGCAUGUUGACAUGCACUUUUUCUCGUUCUGUCUGAUUCCAGAUACAGGGAAUACAUGUAUCAGAAACCAUGCUGGGGGAGAAAUAGGUUUGCUUCGGUGGGGAUUUUUUCUAGUGAAAAAGCAGUAGGUGAAAGGAAGAGGAAGCACCCAGUCUGUGCAGAAAGUUUUCCCAUUCCAAAUCAUUCCCCUGCCAAUGCUUGCCGCAAUGGUGAUUUGGAAGGGAACAUGCUGUGGCACAUAUGACAUCUAGUUCCUUCCCAUGUGCAGUGGUACUACAAUCAUCUUGGUCUUAAUUGCCUCACUCUGCUCCCUUCUCCAUCUGUAAGGGACAGCACCAGGGGCUUGACUCUUGGGGCUUGACCGUCAUUGGGCAGUGGAAGGCUUUUGCACAGAGUGCCAGAGCAAGAGCAUACCCUUCUGCACUGUGUUCAUUAAGGACAUAAAACAUCUGUAAGCGGCACUUACAUGUCCAUAAGUCACUAACAGAAUGCCAGCCAGUGUCUGCCUUAAACUGAGUGGAAUGGGGGAAGGCAAAGUGCUGACCUCUAGCUAUUGUGGACUGCAGUUCUCAUCAGCCCUAGAAUGGGAAGGAAUGAUGGAAGCUGCACUCCCAAUGACAACUAUAGUGCUGCACUUCACAUGCCGUGGCGUAGAUGCUGGCCAGCGUAUGCUGUCAUAGUGCCCAGCCUUCCUCACCAUUGGUUAGUCUGUCUAGGGCUGUUGGGAGCUGCAGUCCAACAGCAGCUGGAAGGCACAUGGUUCCCACCCCAGCUUGAAGUCAUUCAGACAUGUCUUUUCAGUGUAGGGUUUGUAAUGCUCUCAGUGAUGGCACAAAUGAAUGCAGGGGCUGACUUCUUUCCUUCUUUAUGCCUCCUUUUCUUUUGUUCGCCACCCGUGGGCUAAGCAGCUGUAUAAUGUGAAAGCGAGGAAUGUAAUACCUGUAUUCACCUGUCCAUGAUAUCUGAAGUGAGUGAAUCUUAAAAAGAUGCUUUGGGUGAGAUGAAAUACAUAUUUUUGCUUCUUGGAUUUCUGAGAUCUUUUCCCUCCAUAACAAACCACAAAAGACUGAAUUUGGUGUGUGUGUAUUUUUUUGUGUUCUUAUAUUGCUUGAGUUUUAGGACAACUUUGAAUUGAAAUGAAACCUUGAUGGGAUAAACACUGGGGAUGCCAAGCGCAGCUGCCUGACCUUCUCUAAGGAAGUCUGUGGAAUGGACAAGGAAGGUCACUGGCAAAUUGGAUUAUAAUUGAAACAAAAAAGUGUGUGAUUUUUGAUGCUGUUUGCCAACAGUUUUAUUAAUAGUAACUGAUACAGCAGGGUUAUGUAAAGUGCAGCCUUUGGAUGCUGUUGGACUGCAUCUCCCAGCCAGCAUAGCCAGUUGUGAGGAAUGCUGAGAGUUCCAGUCCAACAUCCAUCUGGAGCCCCCAAUACCAUCCCACAGCUGUAUGGCUUCCCUGGUAAUUUAUAUAGCUUCAUUGUUGAGGGACGUCUUUUUAGUGGGAUGAUUUGCUCAAAUGUAAACAGGUGAACAAGAGCUAGUUGCUGAAACCAGAUUUGUGUGCUGAAAAUUUGAAUCCAAUGGCUCUGUGGAAAUCCACGUUAUAUGAUAUUAAUACAGUUGUGUUUUGACAUCACAGUUAACCAUGGAUUGCUCUGGGUGGAAUUCACAAGCAGUAAUGAACUUCUGGCUUACUGCUCGCCCAUCAGAGCUGGGACUUUGGAAGCCUUUCCUUUUCCUUUUGGUUAAUGUUGAUUUGCCACUGUACCUGACCAGGGAUUGUAGUUCAUGCAAACAAGCCAGCUUAGUUUCAAACCACAAUCCCUGGUUCAAGCAAAGUGCCAAGUUUGUGGAUAUACUAAACAUGAAAGCUUUCUAGAUAUUAGGGGUCAGGGAAAUUUUAAAAAGAGCAGUUUGGUGGUUUGUCACGAUGUCUGGACACAGUCAGACAGUGUGGGUUGGUUCUGAGAAGUGACUGACCUGCGGCAGGAAAAUCGGGUGACCAAGUGCCUAUUUUUUUAAAAAAGCAAUUCUUCUCUUCUUCCUCUCUCUUUGUCUCCCUCUCUCUCUCUUACAUUGUGUGGAACCUAGGUAAUUGUUGAAACCUUUUCCUGUUUCAGAUGGAUUUUGCAUUUGUCAAGCCUGUUGCCUGUACUUGCCAGCCUUGCUUUUGACAACUAGGCUGUUUGUAUCUUGCCCACUAAGGCAUUAUCAUGUGGGAUGGCAGGGAGGAAGAGCUUGCUUUGAUCCUGAAACGUUUGUCCACUUGCUUCUUUGGGGAUACUGAGGCCUCUUUUUUAGGAUGGUUUUUCUCAUUUAUUGGUAAAAUUGACUACAGAGCUAGUGAGAAUCUCUUGGCAUGGCAUGAACCCAUGUUUUAUUCUUAGUUGCUUGCAUGUCACUUCAUAAUAUGUUCAAACUUCCUCCUCCCCCAGUAUGUUUACUUCCAUGGAGUUGGAGAUGGUAGAUGAGUUUGGAGUUAUCUGAGACUCUCCCUGCAAAGCAAUCCAGAUCCAUUGGCCAGAGGCUGAAUGGGCCAAAAACAGGCCUCUGAACUGGUGGCCCCUGCUGGAAUAAUGGAUGCCUGGCAGCUGAUAGUGGUGCCAUCAGGUAUGGGUAUAAGCUAGGUUGUACCAUGCUUGUGAGUGUCAAGUCAUGGUGGCAUCCCAGACUUGUUAGCAGGGCACAGAACACUUCCUGGUUUUGAAUUACAACUCUCAGAAUCCCUUAGCCAAUGUGUGGCUGUGCUGACCAGGGGAUUCUGGGAGCUGUAGUCCAGAAUUUACUGCCAUUGCUUUGUAAUCCAGAAUCAAAAACCUAUGGGCUUUCUGAAGUUUAUUUUAUUUUAUAUCCUGUCUUUCUCCCAAAAUGGGAUACCUGAGCACCAAUUUAUUUAUUGGGGUUCAGGAAAUUUAAGACCUGGCCUAUUCUUGGUAUCUAUUCAAGCACUUGCAACUAAUGACAAGAUUACUGGAGACAGCUAUUUGCUUCUGUACUUUACCUGGAAGCUUCCAGAGGUGUCUAGCUUUUCUUCAUUGUUGGAUGCCAAAUAUUAUGCUAGAUGAUCCUCAGCUUUUGGAAACAAACUCACCUCUGUUGUGGGUCUACUGCAUAGCUUGCCUGGUGUCCUUGUCUGUUGACAUAAGUGAAGAAAGGAGAGUGUGUUGGAUUGGGAGCUCUCACUGAAGCCCCCUUCCCUCCUUAAGCUGUUGAGGGAUAGGGGCAACACCCCAAAGAGGUGAGAAUGCAGGGUGGAAGAAGCAAUUAGAAGGUUCCUUGUCUUCCUAUCUGUUGGAUCCAAAAUAUCAACUAAGAGGUGAAAAACUGAGGAGCAGGACAGUUUUAACUGCUCUCUAGAAAUCCCAUUCUGUAUGUGGGACAUCCCUUAUCUGAAGGAGAAAGAGGGCCCUAAAGGAGCCCCAAAGAAGAGAAGGUGGAAAGACCACCACCCCUUUAGCAUCUGCUAAGCUUUUUGAUGAAAACAAAUUUAUUUUAAAGGUGUGGAUUUCAUUUGUGGAUUUUUGUGUUUUUGAUGCAGUUCUGGCCAGGCAGUUUGUUAAUGAGUGGUUUGUAUAUUCUAGGCAGUUUUGCUGGCCAGCCUGCCCUGUAGCACUUGAAUGGUUAGGAGGCCUUCCUUACACAUUCAUCUACUCCUUACACAUGCUUCUAACUCUGGCUCCUUUUGGCAUGGCUCUGGAACCAGUAAACCUUUAUGCAUACAUAGCUGUUGUUCCUGCCAUGCUGUGGAUUUCUCACGUUUUCCCUCACAUUAAAUAAGAAUAUUUAUUCCUAUGAAUAUUUAUUCUUAUUAAUAUUUAUUCUGUGGAAUAAGAAUUGGUUUCUUAUCUAGGCUCAAGAAUUGGGAAAGUACAUCACAUAAAGGACAUAUUGUACUGAUUCAGCCAGUUUGACAGACCGACCUUCUUUCCUCAGAAAAUCUACAACUGCAGUCCCAGGACUCCCUGAAACCCCUAAGAUUUCUUUGGAGGAAGCAACAGUAAUGGAGUGUUCACUUAUAUAAUGACUUCUCAUGUAGACAGGUCUUCUUGGAAAGCUUACCUGGCUUUUCUUUGAUGCUUGACAUAAUCUGUCCCAGUAGCUCUCAACCUUUAAUCCUUUGGCCUUCAGGCUCCAAGAAUCAGUCACUAUUGGCUUUCCUGGUGGAGGCUACUGGAGGUUAAAGUCCAAAAGAGCUGGAGGAUCAUAGGUUGAGAACCCCUGAUCUGGACUCUGUCAUGGGGGAAUCAUGUGUCCAUACUUGUGAGCGCAGUAAGAAAGCCUUAUAUUGAAAAUAAAUGAAAAUAUAUAUAAAAGGAAAGUCCAUUAGAUCCGAGGGAGAAUGCAAACCAGUGACCUUCUCCUACAUACACUGAUAUGAAACAAGGUGUACCAUCUGCAAACCUCAUUACAAUAUGCCAUUCUGUUUCAGUUGGAAAGAAGGCAUUCCAAAGGGAUUAUACCCCAAUGGAUCAGGUUGAUCUGCCAUUUUGUCUGUUGCACUUACGUGUCGUGUUAUCUACCUCCUGCAUCCAUGCGCCAUCUUGAUCAGGCCUCCACUAGCUCAGAGGCAAUGCCUUGGUGACUUCUGUGGCCAGAACACUGGACUGCUGUUGGACUUUCCUUGCCCUGGGAGACCUGGACUGCACUUAACAGACUGUCUUGUGUGACUUGAAAUUUUCCAGAGACAGUGAGGCAGACUCUACAGUGACAUUUUUCAGGAGUGGGUGGGAUUUUGAAGCUGAGAUGCAGAAGUGUCUCCAGGACGGUUGUGUCAUGCUCCCUUUCCUGCUGUGUUCGCCACUGUUUGCCGCCUUCAGACUUUCCUUUCUCCGUUUGCGAUAUUAAUGUCACCCUGUGUUCUCUACCCAUUUGCCCCCUCCUGUCUUGGCGUGAGGUGAAUGACUGUGAACCCAGGUUGAAGUAGUCUGUAACAAUUCCUUUGGAGUGAUAAAAAAGCAAAUUACCUAUGUAGAAUUAUGCUGUAUGUAAUGUAUAUACGGAGAGAGAAUGUAUUUUGUUCAUUUUUUUCUUAAUAAAAAAAAAUGAAGCCA